AGUCCUAAUAACAAAUAGAAGCGAAACAUAAAAGUGUGCGCAAAGAACAAACGAAAUAAAUUGUUAUAAGACAAAUAUAAUUAAAUUGUAUCAAUAUGAUAAUACCAAUCCGGUGUUUUACCUGCGGAAAGGUAAUUGGUAACAAAUGGGAAUCCUACCUUGGCUUGCUGCAGGCCGAGUACACGGAAGGUGACGCUUUGGAUGCUUUAGGAUUAAAGCGUUACUGUUGUCGUCGAAUGCUGCUUGGACACGUGGAUCUAAUUGAGAAGCUUCUUAAUUAUGCACCUCUUGAGAAGUAAAUCAAUUUCGCGCUGCACCUGAAGACAAUUAACUAAUAUAUACAGAAUUUGAACGACAAACUUUAUAUUUUAUUAUAAAAAUAAAUU